AUGAUGGGUGGUGGACCAAUGCCGCGAGAAAUGAUGAUGCACGGUCGUGGUAUGAUGAUGUCUGAUCCAGACGUUCCCGUGAUGCCGUUCGGGGAUGAUCAGAACGAGGUACCGCGAAGUCUGAACUUCGAUGACAACCUGCCUGUACCGCAUAUGAUGCCGCGCAUGAUUGCAGUUCGCAUGCAGGAGCCUACUUGGACCGAACGAAUGGGUUACGGAUUGCGUUACGUGGGCUCGCAUCCGCUAGUCCUCUUGUUUAGCGUCACUUUGAUCGCUCUGUGCAUCUUGUUCCUCGUGCAGCUGGUGGUCGAAUGCAGACGACGUCAUCGUCGAAACAAUCCAUUCCAGUACAACCAAUUUGAUCAAUUACCGACUUACGUGGAAGCCACCAUGAUCAAGGUUCCCUGCGAUGAUGAUUACAGCUCCGAGAUGGUCAAGGAGAAGUCGGUGAAAGCUUGA